AUGUCUCGGAACGUCUCCCAGAACAUAUCUCACGUGCACACCGAAACUGGUGGCAGAUCCUUCAUAGGCAUCGCAGAUAACAGCACUCACUUCCAUCAGUAUCCUGAACAACCUGGAUCCCCUGUUAGCCCAUUAUCAACAGUCCCGUUUCGACGUGAUCCAGACUUCGUCAGUCGCGACAAACUUCUUGAUGAGAUUCGCCAGAGAAACUUGGUCCCAAGUACUGGGAUUUUAUCGCUAACGAUUCGAAGGAAAUCACAAGUUGCCAUAGAGUAUUCCUAUUGGAUCCGGCAAAACAACGCCGCCCGGUUUGAACAAAGCUUUCGAUACUUUGCAGACCAGGUAAAGAUCCCGGGCCGUGAUGAUUCCAAGCAGAACAUAUACAAUCUCGUCAAAAACUGGCUUCGAGACGAGAAGAGAGGCAACUGGGUGGUCAUCCUUGAUAAUGUCGAUGACUACGAAUUCCUUACUGCGCAGCCGCAAAGCCCAGGAAGCUCGAUCAACGGCCAAGCGGAUAGUCCUCCGAAAAAGCCACUGUUGCGAUUUCUCCCCGAAAUCAAGAACGGCUCAAUUAUUGUGACAAGUCAGUCAGAAGAAAUCGCCUCCAAAGUUGUCGACCAUAAGGAAAUUAUCAAAGUUGAGCCAAUGGAUCAGCUAGAAGCGCUGCAACUUCUCCAAAAGAAGCUUAAAGCACGAGCAGAGGGUGAAGAGGCCUGCGCGUUAGUAAAAGAGCUCGAGUUCAUGCCAUUAGCAAUCGUCCAGGCAGCAGGCUACAUCAAUUCUCAGCCCCGUUGCUCGGUAUCGCAGUACCUGGAAAGGUUUCGCAAGUGUGAUCGCAACAUCAUCAAACUUCUCAAACAUGAAGCAGGGCAUCUUAACCGAGACUGGGAAGCAAAGAACUCCAUUUUACUUACGUGGCAAAUGUCCUUUGACCGUAUCCAAGAAGUGAGACGGUCGGCGGCAGACUUGCUUUCACUGAUGAGCUUCUUUGACCGACAGGGGAUUCAAGAGAGUCUUCUCCAGGUCAACGACGAGGCGGGAAAUAGCAAUUCAAGAUCUGGGGAUGUUGCGAGCGACUCCAGCGAUAGUGGUACAGACACAGAUGACACUUUUGAGCAAGAUGUUGCAACAUUAAACCACUAUUCACUUGUUUCUUUUGGCGACAACACCACGACUUUGACUUUGACCAUGCAUCGGCUAGUCCAGUUAAGUGUUCGGACCUGGUUGAAGGCCCAGGGACAAUUGGAGCGAUGGAACACAAGAUUCAUCGUUCACCUGCGCAAAGAAUUCCCAGAGAAUCCUGAGUAUGAGAACUGGGAAAAGUGCCGGUUGCUCUUUCCACAUGUAAAGUCGGCAAUGUCGCAACGGCCACAGCCACGCGACAUGAAUUCAGACCUCUGGGAUACACAAUACCCGCCUUCUAUACUUUCAUGGGCUGAUCUAAUGCACCAAGGCGCAUUAUAUGCGUUGGGAAGUGGUAAUAUUGCAGACAGGAGGAAAAUGGCAUCAAGAUCAAGAGAAGCGAGAAUGGAAGGGCUUGGAUUCAGAUGUCAAGACGGAUACUAUGAAUCCGUCAUCGCAAACAGUGGGCGGCUAGCAAUGACGUUUAGGCUAGACGAGCACUGGAAGGAGGCCGAGAUAAUUGAGGAGCAGGUGAUGAAGAUGAGCAAAGAUAUCCUCGGUGAGAGCCACCACCUUACGCUGCAGAGUUCCAAUCGCCUGGUAACAUUCUAUAUGAACCAGGGCUAUUGGGAUAAGGCUGAGCAGCUUGUGAGGCCACUAAUAGAGGCAAAAAGAAAGAAAUAUGGGGAGGACGACCCUGUGACAAUGAUUAGUACGAACCAUCUUGCCACGAUAUUUUUGAAUCAGAAAAUGUGGCAGGAAGCCGAAAAGCUCCAGUUGAUUGUGAUGAAAAAUUACAAGACGCUCAGCCCGAACAACCCUAGAACACUGAUGAUUAUGGCAAACCUGGCCGCAACACUUUGGCACCUGGGCAAAGUGAAGAAAGCCGAGAAGCUUGAGCUGGAAGUGUUAGAAAGGCGCAAGAAGGUGCUCGGCAAGAACCACCCUGACACAUUGAUGACUAUGCACAACCUAGCGGCGACAUUUGGGAGCCAGAACCAGUGGGACAAAGCCGAGCAGCUUGAGAGGGAGGCGCUAGAAAGGCGCAAGAGCGUGCUCGGCGAGAACCACCAUGAUACGCUGAAGAGUACCGUCCAUCUUGCUGGGUUCUGCUUUUUUCAAGGUCGACAUGCAGAGGCUGGUGAAUUGUUAUCAGCUUGUUUUCCCACGCAAGAAGUCCCAAGUUCCGUUGAUUCUAUGGUCCAAUUCAUGUUGAAAUAUUAG